AUGUUUUCCAUGAUCCCUGAGAAGUUUUGGCCCGCGUUACAUUGGAAGUUAGAAAAUGAGAUGUUCGAUGCCGGAGGUUACUUCACAAUGUGCUAUUGCGAGGAAGAAAUGGAAGAAAGCAGUGGUGUCAGAACCCCCGAAGGUGAUGCCAGAGUCAUCGAACCCGAUACUGAAGCUUCUGAGUUCCUCCGCCUGAAGCAUGGUCUCAUAGAUUGGAAGGUAUUAGUUAACAGAGAAGACGGAGUCGACCCGGAAGAUCCAAACUGGUAA